AUGGCUGCUCAUACUGACAUCCGCACCACGGAGCUGAGGGAGCCCGUCGAUGUGGCCACUUACCUUUUCACUAGGCUGAAGCAGAUGGGCAUCGACUCUGUCCACGGUCUGCCCGGCGAUUUCAAUCUGGUAGCCCUCGACUACCUCGAGAGCUGCGGCCUUCAGUGGGUGGGAAAUUGCAACGAGCUCAAUGCUGGCUACGCCGCCGAUGGCUAUGCUCGAGUCAAAGGGAUAUCGGCUCUCAUCACCACCUUUGGAGUAGGGGAGCUGUCUCUCCUCAAUGCAACCGCCGGAAGGCGAGUCACCUUUGCCGAGUUCGUGCCAGUGGUGCAUAUCGUCGGGACGCCGAGCACCAUAUCUCAGAAAAAUGGCAUGCUCCUGCAUCAUACCCUGGGCAAUGGGAACUUCAAUGUUUUUGCCGAUAUGGCUGGCCAUCUGGCAGUGGAAACCGCCAAACUGACGGAUGCUCGCGACAUUGCCUCGCAAAUCGACCACGCACUUCGCGAGUGCUACCUUCAAAGCCGGCCUGUUUACCUGACACUCCCAACGGACAUGGUCAAACGGAAGGUCGAGGGUCAACGACUCAGAACCAAAUUGGACCUGAGUCCGCAUAAGAAUGACCCAGAAAAGGAAGACUACGUUGUCGACGUGGUCCUGAAGUAUCUGACCGCUGCCAAGAACGCCGUUAUCCUGGUUGACAGCUGUGCCAUUCGUCACCGCGUAUUGCCUGAGACCCACGAGCUGAUCGAGAAGUCGGGUCUUCCGGUCUUCGUGGCGCCCAUGGGCAAAGGGGCUGUUGAUGAAACUUUGCCAACCUUUGGCGGUAUUUAUGCUGGCGCUGCCUCCAACCCCGGAGUGCAAGAGCGCGUCGAACAGGCUGACUUGCUCAUCACUAUCGGCAGCGUCAAGUCCGACUUUAACACCGCCGGGUUCUCCUAUAGAACCUCGCAGCUGAAGACGAUCGAUUUCCACAGCACAUACACCCGCGUCCGAUGGUCAGAGUAUCCCGGCGUCGGCAUGAAAGGCGUCCUCCGCAAAGUCAUCGACCGACUGCCUAAACUGAAUGUUCAGCCUGGGCCCACACCGCAUCAGAAAGAGAUCCCUCAAGAUGAAAACCCCAAUGAUUCUACCAUCACUCACCGUUGGUUCUGGCCGCGAUUGGGACAGUGGCUGCGGGACGGUGACAUUGUGCUCACUGAGACUGGAACGUCCAACUACGGCAUUUUUGAUACAAGGUUCCCCAAGAACGUGACAAAUAUCAGUCAGAUCCUAUGGGGAAGCAUUGGCUAUGCGACUGGCGCGUGUCAGGGUGUAGCCUUGGCCGCCAAAGAGCUGGGUGGCAAUCGUCGGACAAUCCUCUUCACGGGCGACGGCAGCUUCCAGCUCACAUGCCAGGAAGUGAGCACGAUGAUCCGCCACAACCUCAACCCGAUAAUUUUCAUCGUCUGCAACGACGGCUACACCAUCGAACGCUUCAUCCACGGUAUGAAAGCGGGCUACAACGACAUCCAAAACUGGAAGUACAAGGAUCUGGUCCCAACCUUUGGGGCAAAGGAAGGCAGCUACAAAACAUACCAAGUCAAAACCAAGGAUGAUGUCCAUGCUCUGUUCCAGGACGAGACGUUUUCAUCAGCGCCGUACCUGCAAUUGGUCGAAAUGUAUAUGCCAUGGGACGAUUCCCCGGCAGGAUUGACUGUUACCGCGACUGCCAGUGCUCGUAAUAAUGGCAAAAUGCUCGAGACGUCCUAG